GCCGGGAAAGGUGCCGCCCUAAGCGAGGAGUGGGCAAAGCUGCGUGGCGGGGGGCGGGCGUUCAAGGCUUGCAGAGGAAGGUUGGGUCCAUGUAAAGCUUUUGCUUUUCGUAUUUAUGGCGAAGGUGAUGGAUAUGGUUCUAGCCCGAUUUUACAUUAUUGGAUUUUGCAAAUGAUUUAGCCAAAUGUACUGUACCAUGCGUGAGGCACGUACAGAUGCUGAGUAGCCCAGAAUUAGAGUGGUCUGCUAAUUCCUGCGUAUUUGUACUAAUGUUCUUCAUAUUAAGAGAAAGCACCUAUUUCUAUUUAUGCAUCCCCAAAUACUCCAGCCGCAGGUUGAUGCACAAAUUGGUGCUACAUUAUCCGGAUGGAUACAGACAAGCAAGCUAUAGAGCUUGCACUCUGUGCCCUAAGCAUGUCUUUACCUUUCCUGCUCCUGGGUAACAAAUGGUUUUCAAGCACACGGCUCCUAAUGGAACACCAACCAAGGGAUGCCCGAGCUUCCCGGGCUGCAAGCUCGCUGUCGGCACGCUGCUUCUGCGCCCACCUCUACUACCUUUUCCGGGACCACCCAGUACUGCGUGGUGGGCAAAAAGGAAAUAAGCCAUGCAUCUGCACAGGGUGUCUAAAACUGAGGGGUCAGACAGUUCCUUUUAUUACAAGCGCAGCUUACAGUAAAGCUUCCCCAGGGCAGGACGCAGCAGCUCCUCCUCGCUGGACCGGGUUCCCCUGCAUCACCAGCGAGAGGUGCGCGCACCUGCCCUGCAAGCUCGGCGCCGCAAAAGCGCGCCCUCCCUCCUGUCAUAAAUAAGCUUCUCUUCUUCCUCCUCCUCUUCUUCUUCUCCUUUGCCCCCACCGACCCGGAGUGUAACGCGGCCAGGCGGCUGCCUUACCCUCGCCGUCCUCUCCGCCCCCGGGGACAACACACACUUUCACUCCGGCCCUUGGCACGGCCGGGCGCUUUGCGGCAGCUCGGCGGCCGCUCUAGAAACUUCUCGGUCCCUCCCUCUCCCCUCCCCUUCCUCCUCCUCACCGACCAGGGGCCGGCGCUGCGGCGAGAGCAGCAGGGAAGGAGGCGUGCGGCGCCCGCCCCCAGCGCGCUGCCCGGAGCCGGAGGCGCAGCCAGGUGCUGUUCCCGGGCGCUAUCCCAGCCUCAUCCCGGCGCUCGCCGCAGCACCGAGCCCGCGAGGCGGCCCUUCCCUGCGCAGAGGUGGCAGCAGCAGGCGACAUGACGGCGGAGGAGAUGAAAGCGGACGGGGCUCCCCUGGAAGGGGUGGACAUCACUCCCAAGCAGGAUGAGGGCGUCCUCAAGGUUGUCAAGAGAGAAGGCAGUGGGACAGAGUCUCCGAUGAUAGGUGAUAAGGUGACCGUCCAUUACACAGGGUGGCUUCUCGAUGGCACAAAAUUUGACUCCAGUCUGGACAGAAAAGACAAAUUCUCAUUUGACUUGGGGAAAGGUGAGGUGAUCAAAGCAUGGGACAUUGCUGUGGCUACUAUGAAGAUUGGUGAAAUCUGUCGGAUUACAUGUAAACCAGAAUAUGCCUAUGGCUCAGCUGGCAGCCCCCCAAAGAUACCUCCCAAUGCUACACUGAUUUUUGAGAUAGAACUUUUUGAGUUCAAGGGGGAGGACCUCACUGAUGAAGAAGAUGGUGGCAUCAUCCGAAGAAUCCGUAAAAAAGGGGAGGGCUACUCCAGGCCCAAUGAGGAUGCACUUGUAGAGAUCCAGUUUGAAGGCCGACAUGGAGAUCGUGUUUUUGACAAGCGGGAAUUGCGGUUUGAGAUUGGAGAAGGCGAAAACUUCGACAUUCCUCAUGGUCUGGAGAAAGCAAUUCAAAAAAUGGAGAAAUUGGAGGAAUCUGUGUUCUAUCUCAAACCCAGCUAUGGUUUUGGAAGUGCUGGGAAUGAGAAAUUUAAGAUCCCUCCAGAUGCAGAGCUGCAGUAUGAAGUGAAACUCAAAAGCUUUGAAAAGGCUAAGGAGUCCUGGGAAAUGAACACUGAUGAGAAAUUGGAACAGAGCGGAAUUGUGAAGGAGAGAGGCACUCAGUACUUCAAGGAGGGGAAAUACAAGCGGGCAGCAUUACAGUAUAAGAAGAUUGUGUCAUGGCUGGAGCACGAGUCAGGACUCUCUGAGGAGGAGGAAUCAAAAGCCAAAAGCCUGAGGCUUGCUGCCCACCUUAACUUAGCCAUGUGCCAUCUCAAGCUAAAGGAAUACUCCCAGGCUUUGGAGAACUGCAACAAGGCACUUGAAUUGGAUAGCAACAAUGAAAAAGGCCUCUUCCGGCGUGGAGAAGCUCACUUGGCUGUCAAUGACUUUGAGCUGGCCCGAGCAGAUUUCCAGAAAGUGAUACAACUGUAUCCAAGUAACAAAGCUGCCAAAGUGCAACUGGUGACUUGUCAGCAAAAAAUACGGGAGCAGCAUGAGAAGGAGAAAAAGAUGUAUGCCAACAUGUUCCAAAGGCUCGCAGACAAAGACUUAAAGUCAUCUGCUACUCUUCAGACAAGCCACACUGAAGAUGCAGAAAUGAAAGAUGCGCAGAAUGGAGUUGAAGAUAAAUCAGAAGUUGAAGCAGAAGCAUAAAAAAAUCCCUAUUCCAUUAGUUUUGUAAAUGAAUGAAUUUCCAGUGAAUUAGACCUUUAUUUUUCUACCUGGUUGGAUAGUGGCUUCAAGGGAGCAGAGGCUGAAGCCACCAUGCCACAGUCAGUUACAGCUUUAUGUGGCUGUUCAAGAAGCUGAGUGGCAGCUUAAAUCUGGUUUAAUCCUAGUGACUUUAUUUAUUCAUUCAGCCUCUGUUAAUGUUUGGGUUCUGUCUGGAUUUACUCUGCUUGGUUUAUUUGCAUUUUCAUAGAAUCAUAGAAUGGCUUGCGUUGGAAGGGACCUCAGAGAUCUAGUUCCAAAUGCCCUGCUAUGGACAGGGACACCCUUCACUAGAUCAGGUUGCUCAGAGCUCCAUCCAGCCUGGACUUCCAGGGAGCAUCUACAGCUUCUCUGGGCAGCCUGUUCUAGUGCCUCACCACCCUCAGAGUAAAGAAUUUGAUCCUAAUACCUAAUCUUAAUCUGCUCUCUUUCAGUUUGAAGCCAUCCCCCUUUUGCUGUCACUAUUUGCCCUUGUAAAUAGUUUCUCUCCAUGUUUCUUGAGGGCUCCCUUUAAGGUACUGGAACGCCACAGUUUGGUCACCCCAAAGCCUUCUUUUUUCCAGGCUGAACAAUCCCAGUUCUUUCAGCCUUGUCUCAUAAGGAGAGGUGCUUCAUCCCUCUGAUCAUCUUGGUGGGCCUUCUCUGGUCUUGGUCCAAAAGGUCGAUGUCCUUCCUGUGCUGGGGUCCCCAGAGGUGGAUGCAGUGUUCCAGGUGGAGUCUCACCAGAGUAGAGGGGUCAAAAUCCCCUCCCUCCCUUCCUUCCCUGCUGCCCAUGCUGCUUUGGAUGCAGCCCAGGUUACAAUUGGCCUUCUGGGCUGUGAGUGCACAUUGCCAGCUCAUGUCCAGCCUCUCAUCCAGAAGCACCCCCAAAUCCUUGGCAGGGCUGCUCUGGAUGUGUUCGUCCUCCAGCCUUUAUUGAUACCAGGGGUUGCCCCAACCCAGGUGCAGCACCUUGCACUUGGCCUUAUUAAAGCCUCAUGAAUUUCACAUGGGCUCACUUCUCAGGCUUGUUCAGGUGUGUCAAGGGGACUGCUCAGCGUGGCAUCACCUGCAAAUUUGCUAAGGGUGCACUCUACCCCUUCAUUCAUGUCAGUAAUGAAGAUGACAGUAAUUCUGGUCCCAGUAGGGACCCCUGAGGGACACCACCUGUCACUGGUGUCCUUUGGGAUGCUGAGCUGUUGACCAUUAGCCUGUAGAUAUGACCAUCCAACCAAUUUCUUAUCCAUCCAACAGUCCACCCAUUGAAUCCAUCUCUCUCCAGUUUAGAGAUGUUGUGGGGAGCUACGUCUAAGGUAGAAAAUUACAGAAAUGGAGGUAAAUUACACCUGUAGCCCUUCUCUUGUCCACUGGUGGAGUCACUCCAUCAUUGAAGGCCACUAGGCUGCUCAGAUGGGACCUGCCCUUGGUGAAGCUGUGCUGGCUGUCUCCAGUCACCUCCCUGUCCUCCAUGUGCCUUAGCAUAGCAUCUAGGAGGAUCCCUGAUCUUCCCAGGCACAGAGCUGGGGCUGGCAGGUCCGUAGUCCCUGUUUUGUCAUCGCUGUUUGUUUCUAUCUGGUUCCAGCUUAGUUUAAUCCCAGGUUCUGCUUUCUAAAUUUAUUUCCUUAAUUUGCUUCAAGUAAUCAGCUUUUUCCAGGAGUCCUCACACGAGAUUGGCCCUCCCAGUUCUUCUGCCUUGGGAUUGCCCUCUUUCCCCCUGUUCAGUAAGGAGUCCCUUCCACUGAGUAUUGUAACCUUUCUUGUAUGCCUCCUCUUUGCAAAUUGCUGAAGGUGAAGACUGUGAAGUCACAGCUUAAGUAAUAAAUAAUAAAGCUCCAAUUAAACUCAAGAAAACUUAACUUUUCGUGGGUUUUUAUUGGAAUUUGCCUAGAAUUGAGGGAAUUUACUGUCUUGAUCAUUCAGUGUUUUUGUGUCCACAAAGCCAGUGUCCUGAUUAUUUUUCUUUGUUGUUUGUUUGUUACCAUAGAAAAUUCCCACAAUAUUUGCUACAGUAUUUACCCAUAUAUUUGCAAAAGGGAGAAAUUACUGGAAACUGCAAAAAGCAAGUCUAUAACCUAUGCAUAGAGCUUGUUCUAUGUUCAUAUUGCUACCUUCCUCUUCACAUUGAAAAACUGGACCAGAGGACAAAAAUACAUGUAUACCUGAAAGUGACUAGCUUUGAAGUGAAAGUUAAGUGAUAAUGGCUUACAUAUUGCAAAUAUUUCUAAUGAACUGCAAACACCUGAAUUAUUCUAAUGUCUGCUUACCCAGAUCUCACAAGAAAGCUAUUACUCGGUAUUCUGCUUCUUUCUGCAGUUCGUGUGUCUUGUUUGGGGGUGGGUGUACUUUUGAAUUUUGUGGGGGCUUUUGGUUGGGGUGGGCUUUUUUGUUUGUCUGAAGGCAUGGAACAUAGUACUCAACUGUUGUUUAUCCUAUCACGUGGUGUUAAAUUCAGCAUCUCCAGUCCUGUUCUGAGACAGGGGCAGAAGAGGCAUUUUUUUUGCCUUCUCUGCAAAAGAAAGGUAGAAAAAUCUGUUCCUCUCAGAUUAAAAUAAAUGGGCUUUUUUAUGGUGAGAAAGAUGUCUUUGCAUGGCAUGCCAUGGGCUGGAAUUUGUGUGUAUAUUGCAGAGAGUAUCCCUGUUUUAACAUGUAAUACACUGUGAAUUUCUGGUCUCCUUUGCUGAAACAGAAGUACUGUGUAAGCACUUAACUCUAGGGGGCUGGGGGAGUGCAGGUUGCCUGUCCUGCAGCAGUGCCAGCCCUGCUUGGGCCCUGGAACUGUCACCAAAGCGGUGCAAGGGCUGCUUGGAGUGCUGCCCUGCCCCUGGGCCCCAGACACCAAAUUCAGUGCCUGCUGCUGGCUUGGAGCUUGGUUAGAGGGCUGCAGCUGCAGUGCUCUGAACCUCAUGGGGUGGAUAGGACAGAGGCAGGAGAGGUGCUUGGGAGGUCACCUCGCUUGAGGAAAUGCUGAUUUCAUUUGUCUAAUAAAGCCUUAGGGUUGCCAGCUAAUGGGGGGUGAUUUUCAUGAGCCCCGUGUAUGUGAAAAACUUGUACCAAAGCACUACCCCCUCUUGUGGGAAACAAAACUGUGAAUGUCAGCUGGGGUUAGAAGAAGGGAUUUAUGAUUUGGAAAAACAGUUCAGGGGGACAGGAAUGCCAAGCCAGAGUACUUACUCUUCAGCAAGUAAAUACCUUGAUUUGUUGCUAAUUAUUCCUAGAAAUACAAGCCUCUGUGGUUGAAACUGUUUUGCUGCUGAAGUAUAGGGCCAUGUCCUAAUGAUUAAUUUCUAAUUGUUGAACAGCAGUUUUCAAAAAUCUCCCACAGGCAUGAUAGUUGUACAUGUUAAUGAAAGCAAAAAAGUGAUGAUUUCUGUGGCACAUCUAAAAAAAUCUAGUCAAUGGUGCAUCUGUUGUUAAGUGUGAACAGUCUUGAAAGUACCACUGUGCCCUUGUUGUUACUACAAAACUAUGAAAUGUUUGAGAAUGUAAAUCUAUUAAGGACACUAAACAUGCCCUGUUCAGGCAGCGUGGUCCGUGCUGUCUGUAAAAGUGAGUCUGGCUGCCGGCAGAAGUUGGCAUACUGGUGUUUGUAAGUGAGGUCAUGCAUGUAAACUUCAACUAUAAACUUAUGUAUGUCCUUAUAGAGAAAAAAAACAAUGCUUAAAAUAAACAGUAACAGUACUGACUUUGUAAACCACA